AUGGGUGGUUGUUUCUCUCAACAAGCUAGCGACCCGUCGCGAACGGCCAAAGUCAUCUCGGUGGACGGCGAGCUCCACGAGUACCCCGUCCCCGUCUCCGUCUCCCAAGUCCUCCACGCCGAGACCUGCUCGCCCUCCUCUCCUUGCUUCAUCUGCAACUCCGAUCGGUUAUACUACGAGGAGUUCGUCCCCGCCCUCUCCGCCCACGACCACCUCUCGCCCAACCAGAUCUACUUCGUCCUCCCCGAGUCCAAGCUCCAGCAGCGGGUCACCGCGUCGGACAUGGCGGCCCUCGCCGUCAAGGCCAGCGUCGCCCUCCAGAAGGUGGCGAAGCAAGGCGGUGGCUGCCGCAGGCGGAGGAAGACCCAGAUCUCUCCCGUCUUGGAGGUGAGCUUCGACGGGGGAGCUCGCGGCGACGGCGACCUCGGGUACGGGGGCCCAGAGCUCGAGGUCAAGAAGAGCUUUGCUGGCGACGUGAAGACGGACCGCGGGGCUGGCCUUUCGCGAUCCGGGUCGGUGAGGAAGGCGCAGAGAUUAUCUUCGAAGCGAAUGAGGCUCGCGGUUCGCUCAUUUAGGAUGAAGCUGAGCACGAUCUACGAAGGCUCUCCGAUGUAG